AUGUUCUCGAGGUCUGCCAGCCUGAUAUCGUGUAGAGUUACUGGCUCCCAUAUUUCUCCGGGAUCUAGGGCUUUUCCAAGGCUCACGCCGAGAGCAUGGCACCAAAUAGGUCCAGAACCACUAAAUGUGGCUCGGUUGUUGCAUAGUUCAAGUCGUCGCUGGAAACAACCAGUGACCAAGUCCCAGCUUCUAGCUCAAGCACAAAACCCCGUAUCCAGACUCUGGGUUCAUAUCAAGUGGCCACUCACAAGAAACAACAGGCCGUUUUCCAUGGACGACUUUACGGCAUUUUCUUCUUGGCUCUUUGUGGGCAACGUCUUGUGGAUCAUCUUGGGUACCACCACCUUUGGGUUGUUCACGAUGUAUUCCGUGGACAAGUUUGACAAGUUCUAUGACACACUCAAGGGUGAAACCGAAACAGGUAGCCAGACUACGGCUGAGUCGCGCAAGGACGACAGCUUCCUUGGCUACCUUGCACGUACCAUUUUGUCCCAUGGUCUUGGAGUCAAGAUUGUAUUCGAAAAGGGCAAUGUGGUUCCCGAACUCAUUGAUGGAAUGCUUCGUUUCAAGAACCUCAAGGUGUAUUCCACCCACAACAAGGAUGAAGUGAAGUCACUCGCAUUUUCCGCCGCCAUUCUGGAGGUGAACUUGUCUCUCUCGUUCAAGAAAUGGUACGAGGGACGGGGCCUCAUCUACGACUUGGAAAUUUUCGGAAUGAAUGCCAAGGUUUACAAAAAUGAAGACAUGCCCGAGACAGACCCUCAGCUACUUCCCCAAGACAAGUCGAUUCCGCUCAGUUCAAUGGCCAUGUCGUUCAGCAGGUACAGCGACAAUGCCCAUGUCCAGAACGACAUCAACGAACACAACACGGAGAUUCUCGAGAACUUGAACAAUGUACCUAAGUCGUCGUUCAUUGACGCAGACUAUACGUUUGCCCAUGUCAAGCUCCAGGACUCCCACAUCGAACUUUACGAGAAUCAAGACAAAACUCCAUUCCAGAUCACCAUCUUCAACUGCGACAUGCCAAGACUUCGUGGUAAUCGGUUGUUGAUCGAUUUCUUCAAUGCCAACAAUGUCACAGGUGCAGUCAACAACUCCAUGUUCACCAUCCAUAAACACCAGCAGUUCUCUGACAGCGACAACGUGGUGCGGUUUAAGCUCGAUGGAAUCAAUAUGGGCUCGCUUUCCAAGGCCAACCAGCAACUGAAAUUCAAUUGGCUUGUCAACGGAAAGGCCGAGAUUAUCGCCGACAUACGCCUUCCUUCAUUGGAGGAGAAGGAAUUUGAGGAUGGAGAGCUACUGGUGGGAGGCUUCUUCCAGAAAUUGUGGGAUGAGUUCAAGGACAUCUCGGGCCCCAAGGAGGAUGCCUACAAAAAUGAUAACGACACCAGCUUGCUCAAAGGUGCCAUCUCCGCAAUCUAUGAGACGUUCAGCAGUCACAAGAAUGAACAAAAGAUGUCCAAUGACUCGGAGUACGUGAUCGUUAACUUUAAAAUUACAUUUACCGAUUUGAAGGCUACUUUGCCUCUGCAUUUGCCCAUGGCUUCUUCGUCCAAAGUUCCUUUUAUCACUCUUCAGUCAUUGAGAUCAUUGAUUGCUUACGUGAAUGGUAUUGAGCACCAGGACGCACUUGUGAUCAAGACUACAGUGAUCGAGAAGUUGUCUGACUUGUAUGACUUGAACAACAUUUCACAAACGAGGGUGUUCGACGCUAUUGUCAGUGACAUUUACGACGAUCUCUUACGCAUGGUUAAACUCGACGAGAAGAGAAUCAUCGAAGAGAACACCAAUAAGUGGUCACACUCGGUGGUCAGCCAGCUUCUUCUUUUGGGGCUUGGUGUAUUGGCCUGA